AUGCCAGCUCCUGGCCGCGGACCAGGAGCCGCACCGUCCCCGGCCUGUCACAACUGCCGCCGCCGCCGAUUGCGCUGCGAUCGCUCUUUGCCAUCCUGCCGCAAGUGUUUAGGCUCCGGGCAGAAGUGUCUCGGUUAUGGUCCCCUUUUGCGGUGGGCGAAUGCCCCAGCCGUCCGCGGCAGGCUCGUCGGACUCGGUGAGCGACUCGAAGUGUCUCGCAUCAGCCCCCCUCUCCUCGACCCUCUGGUGAACCAUCUCGAUCGGAGAGCGCGGCACUAUGUCCAUCACUUCGCCACGGUCGUGUGCCGGGUCCUGGUCUCGUUUGAUCAGGAGGAUUUCAAUCCGUUCCGCGUCAUCAUCCCGCUGGCCACCAAGUUCGACUUCCUGGAAGCCAUCAUCGUAGCCACCGGCGCCAUGCACACCGCGUUGCUCCACGGCGCCAAGGACCAGCCGGGACGGCCCGAGAUGAUUGACGCCCUGGUCGCCAAGGACCGGGCCAUCAGGCUGCUCCGGUCGGCCAUCGACAACAUAACGCCCGACAGCCAAGCCAUGGUCCUGGCCGCCACCGUCUUCCUCAUCAACCUCGACCUGAUCGACUCGGGCAAGGGGGGUUGGCAGGUCCACAUCGAGGCAGCCAGCGCCCUCAUGUCGUGCCUGCAGGACCCCGCCCACGAGCUCGACCGGUCGCUCACGACCUCGAUUGACACCAUCGCCGCCGACUGUCUGACCUACCGAGUCCUCGGAUCGGCCAUCAGCGGCGUCGCCCUGACCUCCUGGGCCGGCCGCGACCUGGCCGAGUUCUUCUCCGUCCUGCGGCGCGCCGAGGCGUACAGCUACCACUGCUGCCCGCCCGAAAUCCUCCACAUCCUCCUCUCGGCGAGCAGCCUGUGCAGCGACGACGGGCCCGCCCGGGUCCCGGAAGCCCUGGCCCUGAUCGGCCGGGCGCGUGCCCUCGACGUCGUCGCAUGGGUCCACAGCAUCCGCGGCCUCUCGGCCCACGACGAUCUCGAUAUUCGCGUCCGCAUCGCCCUGGCUCACCGCGCCACCGCCUGCCUGUACAUCCUCCUCGCCGUGCCGGAAGCUGCCCCCUCCCCGUCGUCGGUCGACAUGCUGGUCCGGGAAGUCCUCGAGCACCUGGCGGCCGUGCCCAUCGACCACAUGCAUCUCAAGGGCACCAUCUGGCCCACAUUCGUCGUGGGUGCCCAGACGGAUGAUCCCGAGCAGCGUGCCUGGUGCAUGGAGCGCAUGCAAGCCGUCUCGACGAUGAACCGCUGGAUGUGUCCUUGGGGGUAUAUACGGACCGCCGUACGAAUGAUGCAGGAUCUAUGGGACGCGCGAGAUCGAGAGCCCGCUAAGGGUGGCAGGAGGAACUGGUUGCUCGAGCUCAAGAGUAUGCGGGAGAAGUGUCUGAUCGUUUGA